AUGGCUUGCAUAUCGACUCCCCAGUAUACAGUUGUAAUCAAUGGAGGAUUAUAUGGGAAGAUAAUAGGGGAGAAGGGACUUCGACAAGGAGAUCCUAUCUCACCACUACUAUUUGUUAUAUGCAUGGACUAUCUUACUAAAAUAUUGAAGCUGGUUACACAGCAAGAAGGAUUUGAAUUACACAAAAAGUGUCUGAGCAUCAAGUUAAAUCAUCUCUACUUUGCAGAUGAUGUUCUUCUGUUCUGCAAAGGUGACUUCCACUUAGUCAUGUUAAUGUUAAGAGGGCUGAAGAAUUUUUCAGUGGCAUCGAGACUAACUACAAAUGCUGGAAAAUCAAACAUCUUCAACGUGAACAUGAAUUUGCAACACUUGGAAAAUUUAUGUGAGCUUACUAGAUACCAGAAAGGGAAGCUCCCAUUCAGCUACAGCUGGGGUGGUGCUGUCCUCUCAUUUUUGUACAGGCAGAUGUGUCGGGCUUCCAUGGGCACACAGAGAGACGUUUGUGGCUUCCUGCCGCUUCUACAGGUUUGGGUCUAUGAGCGAUUUCUGCAGCUUCGGCCACCUCUACCACAGCUACCGGCUAAUGUAGACAUUCCGAAUCUCCCUCUAGCUUGUAGGUGGGUUAUGCGUCGUAGACUUGAACGAGAGUAUGAUGCCCAUCAUAAUCUCCCCCGCAUCAGGGAUGUCUUGGAUUUGCUGGAGGACGCACAGUUCAUCUGGACGCCGUACAGCGAGGAGGUGAUAGGUACCCUGCCAGCGUAUUGUACGUUCGGCCGACAUAUUUGGAGGGCUUCUGUCCCUCUCACAUGCCUCGAUAUUGUGGAGCAUCAUGCCUCAGAGCGGGUUUUUCGUCAGUUUGGCCUGCCGCAGCCUAUACCGACUCCGCCUGCAUGGCAUCCUUUACAUUAUGAGAGGGAUGAUCGGUCUAGGGUGGACGACACAUUUAUUGACUGGCUUAACGCCCAGCUGGCUAUUUGGGACAGGCGAGGUGACUUAAACCCCACUCCGCAGCACUUUCCUAUUGAAGGUUAUAUGCAAUGGUACCGCACUGUUUCCCGACUUUUUAUCGGGAACCCAGUUCAUCAGGCAGAAGGUCGGUACGUCUCAUAA